AUGAAAACUAAUUAUUCCAUCUCUUAUUCUUCUUCAUCCAAGUCUUCAUACUUAUCCCAUGAACCAAAGGGGCUGAAACAUGGGUACCCUUCUCGGUCUCAAACAUUGCUUCAUUCAGUAAAGAAGUCACAAGCAAAGCCUUGGAAGAAUAAGGCACCCAUUGCACCAAUGCCACCAACACCUGUCAAAAUAUACAAGGUGGACCCUAUGAACUUCCGUGACCUUGUUCAGCAGCUUACUGGUGCACCUGAGUUCAAACCUCAACUUCUUCAAAGCAUUGCACGUGUUGCUACUUCCCUUGAUGUUCCUUCGCCCCCAGAGCAAAAUCUACCAAUUAGCAGAGUCGACACUGCAGCAGCGUGCACUAACUGGUUCCAUGAGUUCCAAUCUGAAGCAUUUGGAAUGACAACUCAGGAGAUUUCUGAUGAGGCAAUGACACCGGGUUUUCUGGAAAUGAAUUUGUCCUCACCAUCUUAUAGUAACUGGUGUUCCUUUCUACUUAUGAGCCCGAGAACUGUGACCAGCUUGGAACCGGGCAAGGUUCUCUAG